AUGUGGAAAUGUGAUUCCAAAAUUGGAAAAGUGGGAGUUUGGAAACUGCUUGGGGAUAAAUGCUUGGACCUGUUUAUGUUGGUAGAAACCAGAUCUCCAAAUCAAGUCUUGAACAAUAACAGUACACAGCAGAGAAAUAAAGGAACCAUGCAAAAAUUGCAAAGCUAUUCAGAAUUGGUUGACAGAUUAAAGAAUAAUUGUGAGUUUUAUGAAUUCCAUGGACCUACAGAUAAUUUGUUAAUUGACCAAGAGAAUAAGGAAUUCUUCGAUGAUCGUGGAAUCAUGUUUAUGUGGAGUGAAAUGGAAUAUGGGCAUGCGUAUUUUGGGAAUUAA